GGUAAUAUUUAACAGGACAGUUUUAGGUGACAUGCCUGAGCACCAAGCAUGAGAAAGGUGCGUUGACAUGUACCCACUGUGUGUGAAACUUGCUGCUGAUCCACAGAGACCCCAGACUGAGGUCCGUCCAACCAUGGAUUAACUGGAUCAACUAAUAAACAUGGACGUCUUUUCUCUAUUAGUGCUCCUACUUUCAUCCAGGAUUCAAGCAGUCGGAGCUCAGAUGAAGCUGUCGCCUGGAACACUAACCGUGCUGCGAGGAGAGGAGGCCCGGCUUACCUGCAGUACCUCCAACACCCAGUGGACCGUUAUGGUGUGGCUAAUGAAUGGUACAUCAGUUCUCACUAUCUCCAAGGAGAUUGGUGUCCUGCCCUCGAUCAACCCAAAUGUGAUGGCCGAAAAAAGCAGUGACUCACAGGGGGACAGCUGGGUGUUUGUGCUGAAAAACACACAGAGGCACAACCAGGGACAAGUGACCUGUGACCUCCAGGGUAUUGAUAGGAAAACAGCAAGCCUGUUUGUCCAAGAAAAGGGCAGCGUGAGAGUCAUUGGGGAGGACAAGUUGGCUUUCAAGGGUCAGUUGGUCCCGUUUGAAUGCCAAGCGGCAGGAUGGUAUCCUCAACCCACUUUGCAAUGGCAGGUGAAUAACAAAAAGGUGAGCCAGGGUGAAUACAACAUCAGUAGUGAAGAGUUGGGGAAGAGCCUCUUUAAUGUGACCAGCAACCUCAACUUCACAGCAGCACAGAGCUCUAAUGUGGAUUGUCUGGCCUCUGUGUCUGCCCUCCCCACACCUCUGAAGAGCAGCGUCCGCCUGACAGUGGUUGCAGAGGUGGUGCAGGGGGGAGAUGACUGCAAAGUCCCCGUGGCGGUAACAGCCUCCCUCUCUGCCGUUCUGCUGCUCCUCCUGCUCUGCAUCUGCACUGUCCUCUGGUAUAGACAAAGGACACAAGCGAAACCAAGCCCACAGGAGACAAUAAGGUUUGACCAAUCAGUGAGUGGGAGAAGCUAUGUUGCUGAGGCGACAAGAGGGAAGGUCAACCUGGGAUACUCAAGCGAGGGCCCCACAGUGCUGCAGAAAACUACCUGUGUAUUGCCACUAAAAUCUAAAUCUGAUGGUGUGCCCCAGGUCCCUGAUGUUGUGUCCUCCUCCAGCAGCCAGUCUCUACACAGUGAGAACCAAGCCCAUGUGUGCCUAGAGAAAAGCUCCAAGAAUGUCAGGAGAAUUACCACAGUUUAAAUAUGUUUGUGGUGAUAUUGUUUGAUAUAAAAAAAAAAGAUUUACACGUUUGUACAGUACAGUAUUUACAAGUGGGCCACUUACCAGUGUUUGUACGGUAUAAUGUUUACCAUUUCACAAGCGAGAAGCUAUGAUGUUAUGUGAUCUUCAGCUAAAUGUGUACAGCAUACUUAUUUUGAAAAUAAAUGUUGAUACCUUUAUCUUUAAAAUUUAUUAUAUCAUU